UGUUCGUCCAUUUCCAUUGCUAACUUUACGCAUUUUUAUUCUUUGUUACGUGAGCCAUGCGCCUUUCUCUUUUCAGCAUUUGUAUUUUCUCUUGCCUUUUUUUACUGCAUAAUUUUACGUUACUUUGCAAGACGUAUUUCACAUUGACUAGAUGUUUUAUUUUCUCUAGCUUUAUGUUUUCGAAGUGCGUCACGGCUUAUGAAUUUAUUAUCCAUUAUGCAUGCUAUAGAGAAACUCCAUAGUGGCUUGUAUUUUACUUUUGUUAAUCGAUCAUCGCAUAUGAUAAUCAUCAUGCCAGAUUACUAUAUUUAGAAUAAAU